CAAACGGUCAACACCAACCACACAAAUCCACCCAAAAUGGCAUUCAAAUUCGCCGUCUUCGCCGCCAUCGUGGCCGUCGCUAACGCCGUUGCCAUCGGAUACCCGGCCCCGCUGGGAGCUUACCAUGCUCCUCUGGGUGUGGCCAAGGUUGCCGCUCCUCUGGCUUACCCAGCGGUCGCCAAGGUUGCCAAGAUCGCCGAUGACUACGACCCGAACCCGCAGUACAGCUACAGUUACCACAUUGCCGAUGCCGUGACCGGAGACAACAAGGAACAGCAGGAGUCUCGCUCGGGAGAUGUUGUCACUGGAUCCUACGCUCUGGUUGAGCCCGAUGGCACCCGUCGCGUCGUCGAGUACACCGCCGAUCCCGUCAACGGAUUCAACGCCGUCGUCCACCGUGAGCCUCUGGCCGUGAAGGCUGUGGCCCCGAUCGCCAAGUACGCCGCUCCCCUGGCUUACCCAGCUGUGGCCAAGGUCGCUGCUCCGAUCGCUCCCUACGGAUACCCAGCCUACGGCAAGGCCAUCCUUGGUUAAAUCGCUGCCUAAGUUGCACUCGUUUCUCUAUCCACCCAUCGUGAUGUGAUCGAUAUCGGACGACACCAAGCUGACGUCUAAAUAAGAACUCUCAACACGAUGGAACGAUGACCAGACAACCUGCUAACGUAUUGAAAGACCCAACGCCACGCCUCGUAACGUGACAAAGCGCACGCACCAUUCUUCAUCGCGAUUGUGUGUCGCCCACGAAACGAAACGAGCCCCAGCACGCAUAUGUAAAUAUUGGCGCACGCGCUGCUUGGCAGCUACCACCAACGAUCC